CGAGAGAUGAUCGGUUAGCUUCUUUCGUUAGCUGCACCGAACCCGAGAGAUUACUACUGAAAUUCCAUCAGUGUACCGUCAUCUUUUUUUUUUUUUAUUUGGCCCAAAAGUACAGAAAUCGAGGCUCGACGACGCGAUACAGCAGUGCAUACACAUAAGUUUGCCGAACCGAAAAAAAAAGAUUCGUUCCAGAAGCGCAUGAAAUUGAAGUACUCGUUACUGCAUCGUCUAGAAUUGUUUACAGACGAGGACAACAAAAGAGACGCCGUUCUCGAGUACCCUUCAGUCUUUGGUCAAACCGGUCGUUAAAAUCGGUAAACGCAGGAUGUCGAUAAUUCCAGUGCAAAACGGAACCCACUGCAACAAUCAGAAGAAAAAGUACUUUAGCACCAAGCCCGAGGUCGAGGAGCACGAGGAGCACCAGUAUCUACACUUGAUCAAAUUGAUACUGGAGAAGGGUGCCGUCAGAGACGAUCGUACCGGAGUCGGCACCCACUCCAUCUUCGGUACGCAGAUGCGUUUCAGCCUCAGAAACGGAACGUUUCCCCUACUGACGACGAAGCGCGUCUUUUGGCGCGGAGUGGCCGAGGAGCUGUUCUGGUUCAUCAGAGGCUCGACCAACGCCAAAGAACUGUCCGCCAAAGGUAUUAAAAUCUGGGACGCCAACGCAUCCCGGGAAUUCCUGGACAUCUGCGGCUUCACGGGCAGAGAGGAAGGAGAUCUUGGCCCCGUGUACGGCUUCCAGUGGCGAUACUUUGGCGCCAAAUACGUGGACAUGCACGCGGAUUACACCGGCCAGGGAUUCGACCAGUUGGCCGACGUGAUCCACAAGAUAAGGACGAACCCCAACGACAGGAGAAUAAUCAUCAGCUCGUGGAACCCGGUUGAUAUUCCCCUGAUGGCUCUGCCUCCCUGCCACUCGCUCGCCCAGUUCUACGUGGACGGUGGCGAGGUCUCGUGUCACCUGUACCAGAGAGCCGGUGACAUGGGCCUCGGCGUACCGUUUAACAUCGCCUCUUACUCCCUGCUGACUUGUCUCAUAGCUCACGUCACGAAUCUCAAGCCUGGUGACUUUGUCCACACGAUGGGCGAUACUCACGUGUACCGCAACCACGUGGAGGCCAUAAAGGAGCAGAUGAAGCGCGAGCCGAGGCCCUUCCCGAAGCUCAGGAUAAAGCGACAGGUGACGAGUAUUGACGAUUUUCACUUCACCGAUCUCGAACUCGAAGGCUACGAUCCGCAUCCCAAGCUCGACAUGCCCAUGGCUCUCUGAACAUGUAAAUAUUGCCAUUAUCCGCGGUAUGGAUGACGUACGGGCUGUAGAACGUGGUUUUCUUUUUUUUUCAUCUUCGACGCUCGUGUCGAUUAUUCAAAUAUUGAUAACGACUGUCGAGCUCGUGGCGUACGUAUACCGAUGUACGUGUACAUAUAUACAUACGAAGCAUUAGUUUUUUAAGGUGACCUGUAGAUUUUAGGAGACAACUGACGGAGGCACACACGUGAGAUACGGAGAGUGUUGAAGUUGAGAGUGAGGAGAAAGAUUUUAUUUUUUUAUGUUCUUAUAAACAAUAUUUCGUAGUAUUAUGACAAUAAUGUACAACCUAUUCUUAAACUUGUAAUACAUACUCAUACAUCAAUAAAAAUGUUUAUAUAAAAUUA